UCUUAUCUCUCCGCAAAUCUACCUCGAACGCAAUCUCUCCCUCUCCCCCUCUCUCUCUCUCUCGAUCGAUCCCGACGGUUUCAUUUUGUUGUUUCUUCCGCUUCCGAGAAAAUCCCCAGUCAAAGCUCUAGCAAAAAUCCCAGAAAAAGAGAAAAGCAGAGUUGCUACGGCGAGAUAGGAGUUCACCCCGAAGUAGCAAAUCCUGCGUAGACGCAGCAGAUUGAGACGAGGCCUUUUGCUCGGCCUAGUUGGGUGCUGGCUCCAUUCGCUCACAUAUAUUCCUCCCCCUUCCCUUUUCCGGCAAAAGCCACCAUCUUCUUUUUCCCCUUCCCCCAACUUUUCCUCCUCUCCCCUCAACUUUCCAGGAAAAUCCCCUGCUUUUUCUUUCCCCCCGCCCCCUUUUCCUCUCACCGCCCUGCUCUGCUUCCGGGUCGUCGUCCCUGAACUCGUCCCUCUCUUUUCUUGGCACAUCACUGCUGCGGCUUCAGUGGUUUCGCCUUCCGUACCUUUCGUCACCCCUCUUGCUUAUUCCGUUUCUCUUUCUCGCUUUCUCUCUCGCUCGCGCACGCACGCACGCUUGCCGCCUUUUCUUUUUUCUUUUUUCUCCUUUUUUGGGGGCCUCUCUUUGCUUUUUGCACUUCUCGCUUUACUUGACAUUCGCUCACAGUCUCACCCUUUGAGCCACCAACUUUAUUUCUCACCAGAUUUUUUUCCCCCCAGGUACCUUUUUCUUGGUGUUUGGUCGAUUAGAUUUCUCUGCGUUUUUGAAGCUUCUCUUUAACGUGGUUCACUCCGACCUUUUCCUCUUUAUUCUCCUCCUCCUCGUGUCCCAGUCUCAGAGGAAUCUCUCCUUUUUUUGCCCCCACUCCCCUCCUCUAUAUCACCCCUCCUUUCUCUCCUUCUUCGCUUCGAUUUCGAUGUUAACAGUAAGUCUGACCGAGAAGCUCCUGCAGUUUUGAAGUGAGAGAAAGAGAAAGCUAUGGAAGCCACGACGUGUUUCGUGCCUCCUGUGAAGCUCACCGAGCAUCGAACCCGCGCGAGGCUCCUGAGUCCCGAGCCUGCGGACGACCCCAGCAUCCGACCCAGAGUCGUCCGGAUAUCGUACACGGAUGGCGACGCCACCGACUCGUCCAGCGACGAAGAGGACGGCCCGUUCGAAUGUCGUCGCCGGAGAGUGAAGAGAUUCGUCCACGAGAUUGCCAUCGACCCGCCGUGCUCGAGAGAGAGCCACGAGGUCGGCAAGAGCCGGUCACUGAGGAGCAAGCUGUGCGGAAAGUCGACGGGGAAGCCGGCGCUGCGGGCGGGCCGCUGCGAGAUGAAGUCGCCGGCGGGGGUGAGGAAGUUCCGGGGCGUGAGGCGGAGGCCCUGGGGGAAAUGGGCGGCCGAGAUCAGGGACCCGCUGCGGCGCGUGCGGCUCUGGCUGGGCACCUACGACACGGCGGAGGAGGCCGCGAUGGUCUACGACCAAGCGGCGAUCCAGCUGCGCGGGCCCGACGCGCUCACCAACUUCGCCACCCCUCCGCCGCUGGAGGUGGCCGCGAUGUCCCCCCCGAUGCCCCCGGCGAAGGGCCCUGGCGAGGCCCGCUCGCCGACGUCGGUCCUCCGGUGCCUCCCCGACUACGCCGAGGACUCGCAGGGGAGCGCCGGCGACGAGUCGUGCGCGUCGGCGAACGCGUCGGAGCACGCCGCGAGCUUCGAGAGCUUGCUCCCGGACGAUUUCUUCGACUUCCGGAGCUCCGCCCCGAGCUUGUUCGACGAGUACGCGAGCUUCGGAGAGAGCAUGUUCAAGGACGAUGUGGUCGACGCCUUCAUGAACCCGGGCGAGGAUUUCGGGUUCGGAUUCUGCUCCGGGUCCGGGUCCUCCUGUUGGACCGUCGACGACGAUCACUUCCAGGACAUUGGGGACUUGUUCGGCUCCGACCCUCUGUUAGCAAUGUGAAUCUUUUCCCUUUUUUAUUUUUUUUAAAUUUUUUUUGCCCUUUUGUGUUUUUUCUAGAUCGAGUCCCGUGGUGUUGUUCACGUCGCGCCGGUCACCGGCCGGCCACAGUUUUGUACCGGCGACGUCCCGAUUUGGCUCUUGUCCCUCGGGUCGCGGUUGUAAUUUUCAAUUCGUGUCAAUAAGUCAUUAGCAAUGACGAAAUCUACGUCUCCGUCGGAGGCAACGGCGGCGGA